GAUCUUUGGAGGGAAAAUGGCGGCAGAUUUGAAAUUUAUCUAGGCGCCCAAAUGAGCCUUGUUUUAACAUUAUUUAUCGAUUCCAAAGGUUGUGCGUCACAAUAAUUCAUGAAAACAUAAAUCCAAUUCACCCAUUAUGAGCUCCGGGAGAGCAAGAGGUAACUUCUGGAGAGGAAGAGGACAGAGGUUCCGAGGAAGAAAGAGUGCUCGAGGAACGAGCCAGACAGGAAGAGCACAAAGGGGUUCAGACCAAGGAAGUUCAGGUCCUCAAGUGCAACAUCAAAGAGCACGGCAAAUACAGACAAGCUUAACGCCGUGUCCCUUCAAGAAGCUUGCUGAGAGUUUUCCAUCUUUCGCUGGAGAUUUACGAGAUCAGCCUACAGAAGUUCUUCAUAGCAUUAGCUUGGCAGUUUCUCAGGUUUUGUUGACUGUGGAGACAGCUGAGAGCCCCCAUGGAGCACCAUUGUUUGAUUUGCCAUAUAUACAAGCAAGAAUAACAAACUUUGAGCCUGCCAUUCCACUCAAAAACCUCAAGUCUUGCUAUUGGGGCAAAUUUGUGGCAAUCCAUGGAACAGUAAUAAGAGUUAGCAAUGUUAAACCUCUGGUGAAAAAGAUGGCAUUUUCAUGCAACUUGUGCAGCCAGACACAGGUUGUUCAUCUCACCGACGGGAAGUACUCAAUCCCAACUCAGUGUUCCUCAGUGGAUUGUCGUGGCAAAUCUUUCACUCCUGAGAGAAGCUCACCAAUGACUGAGACAAUUGACUGGCAAACUAUCAAAGUUCAGGAAAUCAUGGAUGAUGAUCAACGUGAAUCUGGAAGAAUUCCAAGAACUGUUGAGUGUGAACUGACUGCUGAUCUAGUGGACAGCUGUGUUCCAGGUGAUAUGGUUACCGUUACUGGGAUUGUGAAGGCUACAGGAACAGAAGAAAAUCGCAACAAGAGCAACAAAGACAAGUGCAUGUUCCUACUUUACCUCCAUGUCAAUGCUGUGAAUAAUAACAAGGGAGGAACUGGGGCUACUGAACAAACCAGUGGACUGGCCAUGGAAUUUUCUAUUAAGGAACUGUAUGCCAUUCAAGAAAUUCAGGCUCAGAAGAACUUGUUUCGAUUAAUUGUUGGCUCUUUGUGCCCUUCAAUCUAUGGACAUGAGAUGGUGAAAGCAGGUUUGGUGUUAGGCCUGUUUGGUGGAACCCAGAGAUACCUGAAUGAUAAGAAUCGUAUUCCAGUGAGAGGCAAUCCACACAUUUUGGUUGUUGGAGACCCAGGAUUGGGGAAAAGCCAGAUGCUUCAGGCAGUGUCCAAUGUUGCUCCAAGAGGCGUCUAUGUCUGUGGAAAUGCAACGUCAACCUCAGGACUCACGGUUACACUGUCUAAGGAAGGCUCCUCUGGAGAUUAUUCUUUAGAGGCUGGAGCACUUGUGUUAGGAGACCAAGGUUGCUGCUGUAUUGAUGAAUUCGACAAAAUGGGGAGCCAACAUCAAGCUCUGCUUGAAGCAAUGGAACAGCAAAGUAUAAGUAUCGCAAAAGCCGGCGUUGUUUGCAGCCUACCGGCGAGAACAUCAAUCCUUGCGGCCGCCAACCCUGUGGGUGGUCACUACAACAAAGCAAAGACUGUGUCCGAGAAUCUCAAGAUGGGUAGUGCUUUGUUGUCACGCUUCGACCUGGUUUUCAUUUUGUUGGACAAGCCAGACGAGGAAAUGGAUUGUAUGUUGUCCGAACAUGUUAUGGCCUUGCAUGCUGGGAAAAAGAGUGCAUUUGGGGUGGUGACAGCAAGACGGCGUUCAAGAGAGGACAGUAGCAGUGAUGAGGACGAGAUGAGGAGACAAUGGGAAGCUGAUAAACCCCUCUCUGAGCGUUUAAAGAUUGCUCGAAAUGAAGAGUUUGAUGCCAUUCCCAGCCAACUACUUCGAAAAUACGUAGGUUACGCCAGGACGUAUGUGCAUCCUAAACUAACUCCUGCAGCAGCAGAAGUCUUACAGAAUUUUUAUUUGGACUUAAGACAACAGCAUCACAGUGCGGAUAGUACUCCUAUCACUACCAGGCAACUUGAGUCACUCAUAAGACUCACUCAGGUACGAGCACGGCUUGAGAUGCGCGAAAAGGCUAGCCAACAAGACGGCAAGGAUGUGGUGGAGAUCAUGAAUUACAGGCUCCUGGACACGUUUAGGCACGACCUUGGGAAUCUGGAUUUUCAACGCUCUCAACAUGGCUCCGGAAAGAGCUCAAGAGCACAGUCAAAACGCUUCGUUGCAGAGCUAAGUCGCAUUUCAGAGAGGGAAUACAACUCACUUUUCAUUGUUGAACAAAUGAGAAAGAUAGCGAAGGAUAUACGACUGCAGAUUCGUAUUUUCGACGACUUUGUUUUCUCCCUGAACAACCAAGGGUUUCUUCUGAAGAAGGGACCGAGAGUCUACCAGCUACAGACCUCGAACUGCCUGUAAUUGAUAAGUAAGCUGCCGGGGAUGUUUGAUGGAGAUUGUGUCCUGGAAAAGGGCAAGACCGUGUAAAAAUACUAGACCUGUAUCACUGAGGAUAUUCGGACGAAAGCUUUCUACGUUAAAAUAAAAAUUUGGUUCCUUAGGUCCUCAACUUAAGUUACACUCGUGUAAAAGAACUGAACUAUUUAGUUAGUUUCUAUUAUACAGACGUGUUUUUUCCUACAGUACCACAGUAACAAACCCCUCUAAAGUACAAAUACUAAAUGAAAUCACGGAUUAAGAUUUAAUGGCCGAAAGCGCUUCCAAAAAAUUAUGUUUCCAUUCUUUUAAUAAUAAAAAAAUAAUAAUAACAAUGAUAAUCUGUCUUUAAUAAAUCAGAAACAACAAACGUGUAACUUUACAAUAUAUCAGUAAGAAAAUUAUGAGUAUAUUUAGGAAUAUGUAAAAAUCGUGGCAUUGCAACAAGUAAUAUUAUGAAGCUCCCUAUAUAUGGUGAAUUUAUUUGAAGAGGUAUCUAUUGAGGAAACAAUGCUUGAAGCGUUCGUUUUUAACUCUAGGUAAUAUAAAGUCAUGCUUGACUCACGGAGCACACGUCUCCUCUUUAGGGGUAGAAAAUCAUGAAGUACAUGAUCAUCACUGAUUACGUUGUUAAAAAGCUUAGAGUCCCUAUCUUUAAUUCAGUCAAGUAUAGUUGUUUCUUUGUGGUGAAGCCAAACCUGAGGGCCUUCUUGAGAAACCAGUCGAUUCUGUCUAGAUAUUCUCGCUGGUAAGCUGCACCCCAAACUUCAAUCCCAUGCAUGAAUACGGACACGACGAGCGAGUUAAACAAAUUAUUGAGUUGAUCUUUGAAAGAUCGAUAGGAUUUGCAUACCCUUAGAAUGUACAUUCAACUACUGGAUUUGGAUAGCAUAUCGUCGAUAUGGAUGUCCCAGUCCGUAGCAUCUUCCUGAAAUGUGAUUCCUAAUAUUUUUAGCCAUGGCUUCCUUUUAUUCCUGGUAAUUCUGAAGGGGAUAACUUAGUAGUUUUGCCGUGUAUGCACAUUUCCUAUGUUUUGGUAAAAUUGAGACAUCUCGUUUUUAUCCGCCCACUUCUUCAUGUUCUCAAUCUCAGCGGCAGCAAUAUCUGUGCUUUGCCUAACAGGAACACUUAUCUUUUCAACCGAGUGUGCGUUUUUUUAUAAUCAGGGGUCCUUUUUUUAACACUCCCGACGAAUUCUCUUUUGUGAAGACCUUCUAACUCGUAAACCGUAACCUGUAGCUUGCCAACAGAAUCUCAUGAAGGAAUAUAAUCGCUUGUACAACCGUUCAAAGCACCUCUUCUAAUUUAAUCAUAAUAACGAAAGCCAACACCGAGGGGAAAGGGUCGCAGAAAUUUCUCCACUUGGUUAAAGCAUCCAUUUGACGUUACAGCGCAACAAUACCCUUGCGAUGUCCACUCAUAAGACGGAUAUUUGUCAUGUCACAAUAAACUAGAAAAACAUCGGGGCCACCUGCAAAU